CUAUUGUAAUAAUUAAGGCUAUUUUCGGUACAAAAAAUUCACUAUCUUCCUCUACCUUCAAAUUAUUUGUAUUUCAUUUUAGAGCAAUUCACAUAAAUAGUUGAUAUUUAGUGGAUUUAAUUCUCAACAAAUAGAGUUAAUUAGACCCCAAAUGAAGAUUAGCAGUACUAAUUAUUUCAGUUGCUUAUUUUUUUUGUGUUUACUAUUAUUUAAAUUUGUAAAUUCAUUUGAGGAACAGAAAAAUUUGAAGAAAUCAGAAUUUCCAGAUGGGUUUUUAUUUGGAACUACUACUUCAGCUUAUCAAAUUGAAGGGGCAAUUCUUGAAGAUGGAAAAGGGUUGAGUAAUUGGGAUGUUUUUAGUCAUACUAAAGGAAGGAUAAAUAAUGGAGAUACUGGAGAUGUAGCAGAUGAUCAUUACCAUCGAUUUCAGGAAGAUGUUGAGUUAAUGCACUCUGUUGGCUUGAAUUCGUAUCGUUUCUCUAUCUCGUGGAGCAGAGUCCUUCCUAGAGGAUCAUUUGGUAAAGUAAAUUUUGCUGGUGUUACGUUCUACAACGAACUCAUUGAUUCUCUCUUACUCAGAGGAAUAACACCAUUUGUGACUCUUAAUCACCACGACCAUCCACAUGAACUCGAGGAAAAACAUGGGGGCUGGCUCAAUCCUAUGAUGCAGGAAGAAUUUUCGUAUUUUGCUAAGAUUUGUUUCGAGAGUUUUGGUGAUAGAGUGAAGUAUUGGACCACAAUCAAUGAGCCAAAUAUGUUUGCAGAAAUGGCCUAUGUGAGGGGAGUGUACCCUCCUGCUCGUUGCUCCCCGCCUUUUGGCAACUGUUCAGCUGGAAAUUCUGAUACCGAACCUCUUGUUGCAAUGCAUAACAUGUUAUUGGCACAUGCCAAGGCUGCAAAACUAUAUCGCGAGCAUUUUCAACCUAAACAUGGCGGAUUGAUAGGAAUUGUUGUGCAUUCAUUUAUGUAUAAACCGUUGAGGAAUAAUGACUUUGAUCGUGAUGCUGCUCAUAGGGCUGUGCUAUUUACCGCUGCUUGGGUAUUCGAUCCUUUAGUACACGGUGAUUACCCUCCAGAAAUGCGUAAAUAUCUUGCAGAUGCACUACCGAGUUUCACCUCAGAUGAACGAAAGCUUAUUAAAGAUAGUAUUGACUUCAUGGGAAUAAACCACUAUGGCACUCUGUAUGCGAAAGAUUGCAUUUAUUCUAGCUGCGUUUGCUCCAAUUCUAGUUGCAUCGCGGGUGGAGACCACCCUAUCCAUGGCUAUCUCAUUACUCUAGGAGAGAAAGAUGGCGUUUCUAUUGGAGAACCGACAGGAAUGUCUCGAUUUUUUGUCGUUCCUAAUGGAAUGGAGGAGAUUGUGGACUAUAUGAAGAAGAGAUAUCAUAACAAACCUAUGUUUGUUACUGAAAAUGGCUACGCCUCUCUGAAUCCUACUACAGCACAAGCGGAUGAGCUACAACAUGAUACUAAGCGAGUUGAAUUCCAUAAGUCAUAUCUUGCAUCAUUAGCUCGAGCAAUCAGGAAGGGCGCUGAUGUACGUGGUUAUUUCAUCUGGAGCCUGAUGGAUAAUUUCGAGUGGAAUAGUGGAUACGAGCUCAAAUUUGGGUUAUACUACGUUGAUCGCGAUACAUUAGAUCGAGUUCCCAAGCUUUCAGCAAAAUGGUAUACAGAUUUCUUGACUAACAAGAGCCUCAAUGCUGAAAAAAAAGGAAACUUUGUUACAUUCAAGUAUACUACAUAACUAAAUCAUACAUCACACAAAUAGUACUAUUAUUAACUAUAUUCGUCAAAAAAUAAUUAUUUGAAAAAUUUAGCCUUUUUUCCAAUGAGAGCUUUCUCUAUUUGCUCUAAAUAGUAUUAGGUUAUAGAGAAACAAUAAGAAUUGUGGUUUAAUUUGGUA